CUAAACACUGAUAUUAUAAUAAUCUCGUUUACUACGUAAAUAGUAAUGCUAUUUUGACGUGUCAGUUAGCGCAAUGAUGUGGGGGGCUUUUUGUUGUAGCAUUUAGCUUAGCGGGUUUUUUACGUGCGCGCACCCUGUUCACGUGACCAAAAUUCGUGCUUCUGAUUGGCUCAGGCUCUUAACGUGCGCGCUCGCCGGUGUGUCACCUUGCUGAUCACGGCGGUGGUGGCGGAUCCGAGUGUCCGAGACACCUCCAGAAAAAUAAAACACCGCAGCCAUGGCAGCCACGUCGGGUUCAGUAAAACCCAAAAGCUCUCCGAAGUCCAUCAAGUUCCUGUUCGGAGGCUUGGCUGGGAUGGGGGCUACAGUGUUUGUUCAGCCGCUGGACCUGGUGAAGAACAGGAUGCAGUUGAGCGGUCAGGGUUCGAAGGCUCGUGAAUAUAAGACGAGUCUACACGCUGUGGCCAGCAUCCUGCGCAACGAAGGAGUCCGGGGCAUUUACACUGGUCUCUCGGCCGGUCUCCUCAGGCAGGCGACCUACACCACCACUCGUUUGGGGAUUUACACGGUUCUGUUUGAGAAACUGACGAAAGCAGACGGAACUCCUCCGAAUUUCUUCAUGAAGGCGCUGAUCGGAAUGACGGCCGGAGCCACGGGAGCGUUCGUCGGCACUCCGGCUGAGGUGGCGCUCAUCCGCAUGACCGCAGACGGACGUCUUCCCCCUGAUCAGAGGAGGGGUUACAAAAAUGUCUUUAACGCCCUCAUCCGAAUCACCAGGGAGGAGGGGCUUACAACACUGUGGAGGGGCUGUAUACCCACCAUGGCCAGGGCAGUGGUCGUGAACGCAGCACAGCUCGCUUCUUAUUCGCAAUCUAAACAGGCUCUGUUGGACACAGGUUAUUUCUCCGAUGAUAUCCUGUGUCAUUUCUGUGCCAGUAUGAUCAGCGGGCUCGUCACCACGGCCGCCUCCAUGCCAGUCGACAUCGCUAAAACCAGGAUUCAGAACAUGCGGAUGAUCGACGGCAAGCCGGAGUACAAGAACGGACUCGACGUGUUGAUUAAGGUGGUGAGGAAGGAGGGCUUCUUCAGCCUGUGGAAGGGUUUCACGCCGUACUACGCUCGUCUCGGCCCACACACCGUCCUCACCUUCAUCUUCCUCGAGCAGAUGAACAAGUUCUACAAGAUCUACUUCCUGGACUCGUAGAGUCCUAAUGGGAACUCGAGGCAGCUCGGGUCGGCCGAGGUUCUGAGCCGUUCUCUGGUUGUGUGUGUGUGUGUGUGUGUGUGUGUGUGUGUGUGUGUGUGUGUCCUGCCUUGUGUUUUCUAACACACCCUCCUUGACUUCCCCGACUCAGAAGUGUGUAAUGUUGAAGUAAAGUAACAUGCGGGAGUGCUGCACAUUUCAUGGCUCGUGGUCGCAUUCGUAAAACCGCUUCAGAAAUAGUUUUUUUUUUUUUUUUUUUGUUAAAAUGAUUCAAACAUCCUGUCGAUCCCUCAGAGUUAUCGGUUCUUAAGAUGAAGGGGAAGUCAGCAAGGGCGUGUUUGGAAAAGGUACUGGAACACAGCCGUUAGUCUUACUCUCCGUCUGAUCGUCUGAGCUGUGUGUCCUGGUGCGAGUGUGUGUUUCUUUCACACUCUGACCCUGAGAGACUCGGCUCAGAACCCUGCGCCGUUUAUCGGACUUUCUUUAACGACGAAUACAGCGAAGAAAAAAAAAAGUAGAAGAAGAAGAGGUUCCUGUCUUGUACAUGAAGCUACACACUGACACAUUUCUCUUUUUUUUUUUUUUUUUUUUUUUUCUGCCCCUAAAUUAAAAAGACUGAAUCUGACUGUCUUGUUGUGAAUCCAGUCUUAGUGAUGAUUGGUGUGUGUGUGUGUGUGUGAGAGAUAGAGAGAGAGAGAGAGAGACCUAAUGACAGAAUGAAAUGACAUAGAAACAUCACAUCUCUCCCUCUCUUUCACUUUAUCCCAAUGUCUCUCGCCCUCAUUUGCAGUGAAAAUCCCCAAACCCAUGUUAGAGAAGGUUUCUCUGAGUUCUCUCCCCUUAUUUCUACCAACAUAAUGUAUAAAAUAAGCGUUAAACAAUUGCACAGGGUAAAGAAUGUUAAAUAUAAUAUAAUAUAAUGUAUAAUAUAAUAUAAUAUAAUAUAAUGUAUAAUAUAAUAUAAUAUAAUAUAAUGUAUAAUAUAAUAUAAUAUAAUAUAAAAUUUGAUCCGCUUGUGCACUGUUUUAUUGGGAUUAUGCUCAUGAUUAUACUUUGAUGCCUGAAACACGGAUUAUUCUCGAUAUCAUGGCCAAGACGCUAAUAAGAAUGAAAAAUAAAAGGCCUCCGUUUUUAGUAAGAGAUCAUCGAGAGGCUGAAUUUUCUCGUAGCUGCUUGAAGGUAUAAAUCGUUUAUAAAUGUUCCACAAGGUUCCGUUAGCGUUUGUCCUGAGAUCAAAUCUGUCUUUUUUUUUUUUUUUUUUCAUUUCCCCAUUUGGAUUAAUUUAAUGGCAGCGUCACAUGUAAUCUUCUCAGAGAAGAACAAAUGUCCGAGUGUCAUCAUAAAUAAUAUGAUCAAGGGUUAUGCAUUAUAAAUACAUUUUAAAUAAAACUAUAUUGUGAUAUAAUCUCAUAUCAGCACGUCUGGGUGAAGUCUUACAAACUGCAAAAUCUGAAUUUUUCAUCUGCAGAAAUCAUGAAUUAUCGUCACAUCGCUGUUUUUAUUAACAGUGUUCAUUUUUGUCUCUUUCUUAGAGGACGGUUUCUUACAAUGUGUCAUGUUUAAGACUUAACGCUAAACAGGAAUCCUACAGAAGCAGGAUCUUUUUUCUUUUGGAAAACAAACAGUUCACAUGUCAGUGUACUUCACUAAUUCGUUCUUUCUCUUCUUUUUCUUUACCUGUUCUCAUACUAGGUUUUAAAGCAUGUGUAAAACCUCUCAAUGUUGUCUUUCUCAGAGUAUUAGUUUGGUUUUGUUUUUUUUCCACUUUUUGUUUGGCAUAAUACCCAUGCAAAAGUUAAGGAUAUUAAAAUAUAAUUGAUAUUGAAACAUUCA